UGCGAUGAUAUAUACAACCGUGCAAGGCUUUAUAAGAAAUAUGCAGACGGUAAAACGAAGUCUAACAAAAUGACGCUAUUUGCGUCUUUGCUGUUAAGUUUAACUAUUUGUGGGAGUAUUGGCAUCAAAUUGAUUGGUCAUAGGUACGAAGAUGUGUACAUAGUGAUUCAAAACACAGUUGCAGAAGAUCCAGAGAUAAUAGACAAUAUAAAGGAGACAUUCACAACAGCGUCUAGCUUGCUUUUUAAAGCGACUCACAGGCGAGUAUACUUUGGGAAGAUCAACAUUGUCAUUCCAAAAGAAUGGACCAACAUACCAAACACGAAACAAAUCCCAUCGAUUAAACUUCCGAACUUCAUUCUGGUUGACAAAGGCCAAAAUGAAAACCCAUUUGUGAAAUCAACAGAAUGCGGCAAGGAGGGACUUUACAUGUAUCUACAUCCAUCUUUCCUGUUAAAGAAAGGGGAGACUGGUUAUGGGCGAAAAGACAAAGUCAUCGUUCACGAAUGGGGUCAUUUGCGAUGGGGACUGUUCAGUGAAUACCACUCUUCUCGAAAGAACAAGUUUUACCUGGAUAAAGGGAGAUGGAAACCCACUGUAUGCACCGAAAACAUUCAAGGACGCAUUGGCAUAGGAAAGUUCUGCUCAACUGUCGAAGAAAAGUGCCAACCCCAAAACGGUGAAAGACGAAUGCCUUCCAACUGUAACUUUUGUCCAUACCGUGAACAAACCACAAACGUAUCGAUAAUGGGAUACCAAUUCGUCGAGUCUGUAAACUUUUUCUGCGACAAAGAUGACACAUCCGUCCCUGUUUGGCAAAGGCACAAUCAUAAGGCACCGACGAAACAAAACCUGCUUUGCAAUGGAAAGAGCGCGUGGGAAGUUAUGAGAGAGCACUCCGACUUUAAGAACGGAAAUACCCCAUUACCGGACAAUACAAACACAGAUCCCGAGUUUGUGGUUCUGAAGGAAACUAACGCCAUUAGAGUGUUUGUUCUUGAUAUAUCUGGAAGCAUGAACACGGAGGACCGAAUAGGGCACCUUUAUAGAACUAGUACUUACAUAGUAGAUAGUGUUCUACCACUCGACAGCUGGCUAGGGGUCGUGUGUUUCGAUGAAAAAUCAAAAAUUACAGCGCAGAUGACGAAAAUUUCCUCGGAUUCUGUCAGAAAGACCUUGAUACAAAGCCUGCCCUCACAAACAGCCGGAGGAACUUGUAUAGGCUGUGGGAUAACAGAAGCAAUAAAUAUGCUAAAUAGCACAUUCGGAACGGCCGAAAAUGCAGAGAUUAUUCUAAUGUCAGACGGUCAAGACGGUGAUGCAGGAAUGCUAGCGAGCGCAACUAGAUUGGCGAGUGAAUCACAUGUCAUCAUUCAUACGGUGUCAAUAUCACAAGCAGCCGACCCAAGAAUGAUUGAUCUUGCUAAAAACUCUGGUGGAAAGAUCUACACUUACUUGGACAAAGGAAGCAUAAGUUUUGCUGCAGUAUUUUCGCAAGUUAUAUCGUUUAGUGUAACCGAAAUGUCAGCACAACCAGAAACGAUGCUGUUCAUGAGCGUCAGCGUGCCAAAUUCGGCAAUGAACUUCGCUUUCAAAAUGGAAACCGACAGCGGUCUCAACACGACCAUAACUGUGCUUACGAAACUUGCGUCCAAUGCAAAGCUUACAAUGGAGGUUACUGGACCAGGUAGUACAAACUUCAAAACAGUAGAUGGAACAUCGCUAACAUAUCAGAUCCCAGGGGUUUUGAAGGCUGGGGAGUACCAGGUGAAUGUCACCUCUUCUCAGGCCACAACUUGGGACUACACUGUGAGCUCGAUGCCGACCGGUUCGAACCAGAUCAAAUCCAGAACAAGACUGUCUCAGAAUUCAUUUGACUUUAAUGGUGCUCCUACCGAUAUGCCCGUGGUUUAUGCCGACAUCACAAAGGGUUACGCACCUGUAACUGGCGUCGACGUUUUUGCCAUUGUAGAAGGAGCGAAGGGCUUAUUGUGCAAUCUUUCUCUUACAGAUGAUGGGCUAGGACCCGAUCAAAUUCUAGACGAUGGUACUUACUCUGCAUUCAUCCUUCCUGUAUGUAUGGAAAACAACAGAUUAAACCUUCGGGUUAGAAUUUCCGGAAGUAAAGGACGUGCACGGGUCCAAAUUGGUGGAUCUGGAGCCAUUGCAACUGAAGAACCUGAUAUAACUUACGAAGAUUUGGAAGACGAUUUCCAAAGGUUUUCCAUCCCUGAGCCAUUGUUUGUCCAGAACCUUCCAAACAACCUAAACCUGCCUCCCGGUCGAAUAACAGAUCUGAGUAUUGUUCAUAUGAAGACGAGGAAAACUGCUUACGGGGAAAGUAGAAAUUUCACCAUAGCGUGGACCGCGACCGGUGGUGACAUGAACAUGGGAAAAGCUUCUGCAUACGACAUCAGAAUAGCAGAGGACAUUGAUACUAUCCUGAACAACUUUACAAACGCACAGAAAUUUGAAGUAGGCAACGUCACACUCAGCCCCAAACCGUCGGGAUCAGCCGAAGCCAUCAGAAUUUCAGUGAAUGCUGUCGAAAGCUACACUGGAACUGCUUUCCUUGGCAUUGUUGCUAUAGAUGAAAACCAAAAAGCUGGACAAGUGUCCAAUGUCGUUUCAUUCUUGGUUGCCAAAGGAUUCCGUAUUCAAGUUGAAGAAGUGGCUUAUUAUACGCAUGGAUUGUUCGAUGGCAAAACGGAUGAAGUGGAUGGAAUGGAUAAAAAAACUGUUAACCAACAACCAUCUCUGGUGGCUAAUGUUUUAAUUGUUUUCUGUUUGGUUGCAAUGUUGUCAGUUUAAGUUUUAACCAAUGCAACACAUAUGAUAUCGGCUUUUGAUCGAGUCGUAUAUGUAACGGAUAUACAGAACACUAACUUCGGCAUGCUUACACUGGCACCCGAACUAAUAAAAUCAAAUGGCGCUUAUUGUAAUAAAAAAGUGCUUUUUUAAAAGUUAUGUUGGCAGGUAGCGAACCUAUCGAUGUAUAUUGAAUUAUAUUGAACUUUAGCAUAUAUAUCCCAUAAAUUCACUUAUCAUGUAAAUUAAUUUAGAAUAAAGAAAGUGUGUAAAAGGUCACCGUUGUUUAAUUACAAACGUUAACGGCAUAUCAUGAAUAUAUUAUUGCAGCUUGAUAGUACAAGUUUUAUGACAUUUAUUUAAGCAUGUAUUACUAUCACUAUACCACAUUUAUCGUUGUAUUUAAUUGAAUUAUAUGUUGCAAUUUUAUAAAAAGAAGCAUAUACGCUCAACAAAGUUUCUGUGCACCUUUAUGUUUUCAAACUUUCAAAACUAAUUAAAAGGUGGCUAAAUCUGGUAAAAACUCUGAAAUGACAACAGCGCGUUUUAUCUUUGGCUUUUGCUGUCAAUAACAGAGUUAAUAUAAUUAUUCCCUUUAAUUUUACUGAUAUUCCAGAGAUGAAGUGCUAUGUUGCUAGUAGAAGACUUUGCCUUAAAAUCUUUUUGAACAUGUUGUAAAAUGUGUAUUUAUAUCCCUAUAGUAUAUAUUUCGACAUUUAUCUUAUACUUUGAAAACGUGACAUUUUGUAAUCUCAUGACAACUACCGAUACGUGUGUGUACAAAGAUUAAAUGUAUUUUUUCCUUCUUUAUCAAACAAUAAUUAUUUCUUUUUGAUGUGUGUUAUUUAUGAUUUACAUAUCGCUGUGUCAAUAUAUUUUGUACACCGCAUGCUUCAUGUACACCUUUCAUGUUCCUUACACAAUUAUUACAACUUUAAUAAACGCAUGAACUCAUAA